GCUACCAAUAGUACCAAUCACAUUCAAGACCAAGAUGGUGGCAUUUGCAACUUGGGAAGAUGUAAAUAAAGUUUAUUUUGCAUUUGAUGCAUCGAAGAAUUGAAAGUUCUCGUAUUUAAGUUAUAUACCAAGUUCAAUGGAUCCCAAUAGGAUAAAGUUUUGUUAUUUAAACCCAUAUUGUUCCGUAAAGUGCAUUAAUAAUCUGGCAGAUGGUAAACUGCAAUGUGACUGUGCAGAUUCUGGAAUUUAUAACUGGAUUUGGGAAAAGCAAGACGACACGUGUGCCUUAUUGUCAAAAAAUAACCGGGAAGUUACCUUUCAUCCUGUAUACAGUUCGGGGACAGCAGCCUUGAGAGGCAGUCAACCCUUUGAAAAAAACAUGCAUCAUUUUUGGGAGAUGAAAAUGUUAUCAAAUUUGUAUGGAACAGAUGUUAUGGUAGGAGUAGGGACUUCAGAGAUAACAUUAGCUGACUGGCGAUACCGGUUUUUCAGUUUAUUAGGAUUCGAUAAACAAUCUUGGGGUUAUUCUUACAAUGGACUGGUACAACAUGAUAACGUUACUAGAUGUUACGGAUCAAAAUUUGGGCUAGGGAGUUUAAUUGGAGUGCAUUUGGACAUGUAUAAUGGCACACUGGAAUAUUAUUUCAACAGGAAACCUUUAGGAGUUGCAUUCCAAGGGCUGAAAUCAUACAAACUGUACCCAAUGAUAAGUUCAACAGCAGCACAAUCAGCAAUGAAAAUGACUUGUGCUAUUUCGGUUGAAUCAUCAUUACAACUUACUUGCCUUCAGUGUAUUAUUAAAGAUCCGGAAUUGUAUAAACAGUUUAAGAGCAUACCUGGCUUAGCUAAGAUCUAUGAACAUAAAUUUUUCUGGAUGCUUCCUAAAGACUAUGAUGAUUCUAAACGCAAGGCUAAAGAGAAUAUGUGGUCAUCAAAAAGAAGAAAAAUGUUGAUACCAAUCAAAUGGCCUAGAUGUCAAGAUUCUGAACAAAAAACGCUCAAGAUCUCGUUGCAUUUUACCAACUUUAAUAGUGAUUCAGAGAGUAGCUGUGAUAUGAAUUAUGAUGGUUCUGGAGAAGCAUCAACUUCAAAGGAAGUUUAAUAAAGUUUAAAUCAAA